CAAAGGACAAAAAAACUUUCCCAAGCUUUGGAAAACUGCAGGCUUGGGCUUCGUUCCGAGACUUCCAAGACCUCCAAGACCUCCAAGACUUUACUUCACCCCUAAUCCAGCCAUGCCGAGAUAUCCUAGGCCUUGAGCUGAUGGCUGCCCCCACUGCUCAUCCUCCUUCACAUCAGCAUCAUCGAACGAAUGAGCUCCUUCGCAGCACCGUCGCAGUACUACACGUGCAGGAAUGGGCCCGUCCCGGUGGCAUCUUCCCGCAGUGUUCACUACAACUAUUCCUCGGCGACCAAGGGAAGAUGAAAGAGUUCGUUCGGUAACGCUUCUAGCUACCGGCGCCUGCCGUCCCAUCCAAUAUUUGCACAGUGUUUCCAACGCUUUCUUUCGAUAUACGGUUACGUUCUUGGCUCUGGCCAGGCUGGUAACUGGUCUGAACCUGACGGGCACCUGAGAAUACCCACACACAUGGUUUGUCUUAGGGCCUACGGCCAAACAGCCAGUGUCAAUGGCAGCACGUGGGACGUUGUUGUUCAGAGGUCUCUGCCUACCACACCCCUGGAUUCGCCUAGGCUGGACGGUGCAGUGUACGGGGCCGCCGUCGCUUCGAGAUUUCGCAACCAGUGCCACUUUUUAUCAGCCUUGAUGCAAUGAUGGGUGCAAUCAUGCAUCUGUGGUGUGAGGACACCCCCUGGUCUUUGCUGCAUCCUUUGAGUUCCAUUUGGCCGUCCGGGGACAACUUGGCCGUCUAGGUGCAGUUUAUAAAAUACACUCGCAUGCCUCACCGGAUAGAGAUUUCCCUCAUUUCUUUCUGGUUCUGCAUCCCAAGCUAGCCUGACAGGCCUUGCGAACAAACUGGUCCUUGAGACGGCAGGUCAGCUCUUCAUCAACAAGAGACUUUGGUUCCUUGCUCGACAAAUUACAUCUCUUCGAAUCAAUCUCAAACGCGCCCCAUUGUGCGCAGCUGAUUGCAAAGAUGCCUCUUCACCAGUUUGAUUACAUCUUCGCCAUUGGCACCAUCUUUGCGUUCCUCGAUGCGUGGAACAUUGGUGCCAACGAUGUCGCCAACUCUUGGGCUACAUCGGUCUCGUCCCGAUCCGUUACAUACAUCCAAGCUAUGAGCUUGGCUUCGGUUCUCGAGUUCGCGGGGUCAAUCGGUGUUGGCCAGCGUGUCGCGGACACCAUUCGUACUAAGGUGGUCCCGCUCGACCUUUACAAGGAGAACCCCACGGUCCUUAUGCUGGGUAUGGCUUGCGCCAUCGUUGCCUCGUCUCUGUACCUCACACUCUGCACAAGAGUCGGCCUGCCCGUUUCCACCACUCACUCUAUCAUGGGUGGCGUUAUCGGCAUGGGUGUAGCGACCGUUGGAGCCAACAAUGUCAUCUGGUACGACGCCAAGGGCGGAGUCAACAAUGGUGUCGUCUCCGUCUUCCUCGCCUGGAUUAUCGCGCCUGGUCUCUCUGGCGCGUUCGCUGCCAUCAUCUUCACCAUCACGAAAUAUCUGGUUAUGCUUCGCCAAAACCCGGUCCUCUGGGGUCUGAUGACUGUUCCUGUUUACUUUGGCAUCACCGCAGCCCUGCUCACCAUGCUUGUUUGCUGGAAGGGAGGCUCCAUCAACCUGGAUGACUGGUCUGAUCCUCAACUGAGUGGCCUGAUUGUUGGUGUUGGUGCUGCCUGGGGUCUUCUGAUGGGCAUCUUCCUCGUUCCCUGGUUGUACCGUAUUGUUGCCAAGAACGACUGGGAGCUGCGCUGGUACCACGUCUUCCAGGGUCCUCUUCUAUUCAGGCGCCCUGAGCCCCCUGCACAGCCAGAGGGCGCUGCAGGUGGUAUCCGUAACUUUUACGAGGGACAUCUUACCCAAGAAGAGCUCGAAGCCCAGCGCGCUGCCCAGCGGCAGGAUCUUGAGACCGGUGUGGUUGCCGCCAACAACGGCGAGAUCACCAACGAGAAGACUACGGAGGAGGCGCCCGGUAAAAUUGCACACACCGACUCCGACUCUGGCUCGCACAACAACAACGCGGCUGCCGCCAACAGGGUCACCGAGUCUGGUCCUCAAGCAGCAUACAAGCACAAGCCGCUUGUCGGUCCCAGGCCGGAGGGCAACUGGUACUCUGGACCGGUUAUGUUCUGGUUCCUCAAGAAGAUCUUCCUGAGCGGUGUUGACCAGGACAUCAUCAACAUGCAAAAGAAGAAGAGCAUGCUCACUGGUGACCUGGAGAAGGUUCACGCUGGUGUCACCCACUACGACAACAAGGCAGAGUACCUCUACUCCUUCAUGCAAGUCAUGACUGCCUGUACCGCCUCGUUUACCCACGGUGCCAACGAUGUCGCCAACGCUAUCGGUCCUUACGCUACCAUCUACAACAUCUGGUUAUCCGGUGCCAUUUCAGGCGGCAAGUCGGAAGUUCCGUUCUGGAUUCUCGCCUUCGGUGGUGUCGCUAUCAUGAUUGGUAUUUGGACAUACGGUUACAACAUCAUGAAGAACUUGGGUAACCGCCUUACUCUUCAUUCACCUUCUCGUGGUUUCUCCAUGGAGUUGGGCGCUGUUUGCACCAUCAUCCUGGCCACUCGUCUUAAGCUUCCUGUAUCGACUACCCAGUGCAUCACUGGCGCCACGGUCGGUGUCGGUCUUUGCUCUGGUACCUGGAGGACCAUCAACUGGCGCAUGGUGGCCUGGAUCUACAUGGGUUGGUUCAUCACCCUGCCCGUUUCUGGUGUCGUUUCCGGCUGCCUCACGGGCAUCAUCAUCAACGCUCCUCGCUGGGGCUACUCCGGUUAAUUGAUUAACUGGGGCAUUGAUCCCUCUGAGCCGCCCAAGAAUUUAUUUCUCUUCCAAAAGCUUCCACUGGCUUCAUGUUUUCCCGUCCAUCUUGGAGUUCGCACUCAUUCAGACUUUCUGUCCGGACAAUGUACACUCUAGACUAUUAAUACAAAUACCCUCAUUUUGUCGACA